AUGGCUCACCUAACUACUAAAUCCAAAACUACGGCUCCCUCAACUACUAAAUCCACAACUACCGCUCGCUCUACUACUAAAUCCACAACUACAGCUCCCUCAACUCCUAAAUGCACUGCUAUGGCUCACCUAACUACUAAAUCCAAAAAUAUGGCUCGCUCUACUACUAAAUCCACAACUACAGCUCCCUCAACUCCUAAAUGCACUGCUAUGGCUCACCUAACUACUAAAUCAAAAACUACGGCUCCCUCAACUACUAAAUCCACAACUACGGCUCCCUCAACUACUAAAUCCACAACUACAGCUCCCUCAACUCCAAAAUGCACAGCUAUGGCUCACCUAACUACUAAAUCCAAAACUACGGCUCCCUCAACUACUAAAUCCACAAGUACAGCUUGCUCAACAACAAACUCCACAACUACAGGCCCCUCAGCUAUAAACUUUACAAAUACAGCUGCCUUAAACACAAACUCUACAAAUACAGAUCCAUCAACUACAAACAUUACAACUACAGCUUCCUUAACCACAAACUCAACAAAUACAGAUCCAUCAACUACAAACAUUACAACUACAGCUCCCUCAACCACAGACUCCACAAAUACAGAUCCAUCAACUACAAACAUUACAACUACAGCUCCCGCAAUCACAAAUGACACAACUGCAACAAAUAAAAAUAUCACAAAUCAAGAAUCUACAUACAAUACAAAUGGAAUUGCAACAACCAGAAACUCCACUACUACAGCUUCCUCAAACACAAACCUUACAACUACAGCUCCCUCAAAUACAAACUCCACAACUAUAGCUCCCUCAACCACAAACUCCACAAAUACAGAUCCUUCAACUACAAACAUUACUUCAGCUCCCUCAACCACAAAGUCCACAAAUACAGAUCCAUCAACUACAAACAUUACAACUACAGCUCCCUCAACCACAGACUCCACAAAUACAGAUCCAUCAACUACAAACAUUACAACUACAGCUCCCGCAAUCACAAAUGACACAACUGCAACAAAUAAAAAUAUCACAAAUCAAGAAUCUACAUACAAUACAAAUGGAAUUGCAACAACCAGAAACUCCACUACUACAGCUUCCUCAAACACAAACCUUACAACUACAGCUCCCUCAAAUACAAACUCCACAACUAUAGCUCCCUCAACCACAAACUCCACAAAUACAGAUCCUUCAACUACAAACAUUACUUCAGCUCCCUCAACCACAAACUCCACAAAUACAGCUCCCUCAAACACAAACCUUACAACUACAGCUCCCUCAAAUACAAACAUCACAACUACAGCUCCCUCAACCACAAACUCAACAACUACAGCUCCCUCAACCACGAACUCAACAGCUACAGCUCCCUCAACCACAAACUCCACAAAUACAGAUCCCUCAACUACAAGCAUUACAACUUCAGCUCCUGCAACCACAAACUCCACAAAUACAGCUCCCUCAAACACAAACCUUACAACUACAGCUCCCUCAAAUACAAACAUCACAACUACAGCUCCCUCAACCACAAACUCAACAACUACAGCUCCCUCAACCACAAACUCAACAACUACAGCUCCCUCAACCACAAACUCAACAACUACAGCUCCCUCAAUUACAAACUCCACAAAUACAGAUCCCUCAACUACAAGCAUUACAACUACAGCUCCCUCAACCACAAACUCAACAACUACAGCUCCUUCAACCACAAACUCAACAACUACAGCUCCCUCAACCACAAACUCCACAAAUACAGAUCCCUCAACUACAAACAUCACAACUACAGCUCCCUCAACCACAAACUCCACAAAUACAGAUCCCUCAACUACAAGCAUUACAGCUCCCUCAACCACAAGCUCCACAAAUACAUAUCCCUCAACUACAAACGUAACAACUACAGCUCCCUCAACCUCAAACUGCACAACUACAGCUCCUUCAACUACAAACAUUACAACUACAGCACCCUCAACCACAAACUCCACAAAUACAGCUCUCUCAAACACAAACCUUACAACUACAGCUCCCUCAAAUGCAAACUCCACAACUACAGCCGCCUCAACUACAAACAUUAGAACUACAACUCCCUCAACCACAAACUCAACAACUACAGCUCCCUCAACCACAAACUCAACAACUACAGCUCCCUCAACCACAAACUCAACAACUACAGCUCUCUCAACCACAAACUCCACAAAUAUAGAGGCCUCAACUACAAACGUCACAUCUACAGCUCCCUCAACCACAAGUUCCACAAAUACAGAUCCUUCAACUACAAACAUUAAAACUUCAGAUCCCUCAACCACAAACUCCACAAAUACAGAUCCCUCAACUACAAGCAUUACAACUUCAGCUCCCGCAACCACAAACUCAACAACUACAGCUCCCUCAACCACAAACUCAACAACUACAGCUCCCUCAACCACAAACUCAACAACUACAGCUCCCUCAACUACAAACUCAACAACUACAGCUCCCUCAACCACAAACUCCACAAAUACAGAUCCCUCAACUACAAACAUCACAACUACAGCUCCCUCAACCACAAACUCCACAAAUACAGAUCCCUCAACUACAAGCAUUACAGCUCCCUCAACCACAAGCUCCACAAAUACAUAUCCCUCAACUACAAAUGUAACAACUACAGCUCCCUCAACCACAAACUGCACAACUACAGCUCCUUCAACUACAAACAUUACAACUACAGCACCCUCAACCACAAACUCCACAAAUACAGCUCUCUCAAACACAAACCUUACAACUACAGCUCCCUCAAAUGCAAACUCCACAACUACAGCCGCCUCAACUACAAACAUUAGAACUACAACUCCCUCAACCACAAACUCAACAACUACAGCUCCCUCAACCACAAACUCAACAACUACAGCUCCCUCAACCACAAACUCAACAACUACAGCUCUCUCAACCACAAACUCCACAAAUAUAGAGCCCUCAACUACAAACUUCACAUCUACAGCUCCCUCAACCACAAGCUCCACAAAUACAGAUCCCUCAAUUACAAACAUCACAACUACAGCUCCCUCAACUACAAACUCCACAAAUACAGGUCCCUCAACUACAACUACAACUCCUUCAACCACAAACUCCAUAAAUACAGAUCCCUCAAAUACAAACAUUACAACUACAGCACCCUCAACUACAAACUCCACAAAUACAGGUCCCUCAACUACAAACAUUACAUCUACAGCUCCCUCAACCACAAGCUCCACAAAUACAGAUCCCUCAACCAGAAACAAUACAACUACAUCUCCUUUAACCACAAACUCCAUAAAUACUUAUCCCUCAACUACAAACUCCACAAAUACAGAUCCCUCAACUACAAACUCCACAAAUACAGAUCGCUCAACUACAAACUCCACAAAUACAGGUCCCUCAAUGACAAACAUUACAUCUACACUUCCCUCAACCACAAACUCCAUAAAUACAUAUCCCUCAACUACAAACAUUACAACUACAGCUCCCUCAACUACAAUCUCCACAUCUACAGAUCUUUCAACUAUAAACUCCACAAUUACAUAUACCUCAACUACAAAAUAUACAACCACACUCUCCACAACUGCAGCAAAUAAAAAGAUCACAAAUAAUGAAUCUACAUAUAUUAUAAAUGUAGUUGCCACAACCACAAACUCCACAACUACAGCUCCCUCAUCUAAAAACUCCACAACUACAGCUACCUCAACCACCUCGAACUCCAGAACCGCAGACUCCACAAUUACAGUUCUGUCAACAUCAGAGACAUAUGUCAUAACUUUCUCACUGAGAAUAAUUGAAAAUUUUGACUUGGAACUUGUCAACAUCUCUAGUGAGAAGUACCAGAAAUAUAGAAAAAUAAUUGGAAAUUCAAUUAACAAAGGUUACAGCAGUGUAUCUGCCUACAAGAUUAAUUCUGUGGCUGUAACUGGGUUCAGGCCUGGCAGUGUGAUCGCAGAUUUCAAUAUUAGUUCAACAAGUACCUACCUUGAUUUGGUAUCAGCAAACCAGCAAGUAGUCGCCAGUCUCCGAGAACAGGGAUUUAAUAUAAGCGAUGAUGCACUCAGUAGAACUGUUAAAGAUGGGCUGUAUGAAAACAAACGCCAAAUAUAUCCUCAGAACGAUCUGCCACUAUCUUGUAAAACGGCAAAUGGCACCAUAACAUGGAUAAAGGAUGGGAACAAACUGGAGCCAUCGAAUAAAUAUAUAAUAAAUAAAACUUCACUAGUUGUGAAAAACACUACUCCAAAUGACACUGGUGUAUAUGAAUGCAUAACAACAGAGAACUCAAUGCCUUACAUUGUCUGGCAAAGCAUUAUGAUUCCAGAUCCCAAUAUUCAAGUAAACUUUUCAAAAGUUAUAACAUGUAGCAGCAAAGUAACACUACAAUGUUGUGUGCAGCAGAGCUAUAGUGUGACAUGGAUCACACUUUCCAGUGAGGCUUGCAGUGAAUCAGUGCAAGAAAAUGGCUGCAUAUACUGUGACUACAGCAUCAAUGAAAAUGAGUGUCGAGUGAGGGACCAAAACUUGACGAUCACAUGUAAACUCACUGAAAGUGAUUACUCCAAGAGCUUCAGUGUAGCUGCAGUCAACAAACAAUUUACCUGCUUUGACAAUAGCUCUAACAAUGCAUUUGGUGCUGGAUAUAAGGGAGACAACAAAACUGGUGAAUGUAAUGGAGACAUGAUUGGUUAUCAAAUAGCUCAGUGUAAUGCAUUGGGUUACUGGAUGGUUAAUUAUGACAACUGUAUCACACGAGACAUUAAAUAUUUAAAAGACAGAUCAAAGAAUUUAUUAAUCACAGACCUGCCAAUAUUUGCACACGAUGUAAGCAAUACUGCAAUUGAAAAAGCUUCAGAGAUAACAAAGUCUUAUGCAACCAUCUUAACAAUUGUUGAGCUACUAAAAACCAUUGCUGAUCUCUCACAAACAAUUAUUGUUAGUGAAGCGAUUAUGACAGAUUUUUUGAAGACGCUGGAUGUCAUUGGAUCAAAUGAUGCGAAGGAUGCAUGGUUGUUUUUAAACAGCAACAUUACAACUAUGGCAAAGAGCUCUGAACUUCUGGACUCUACUGAGAAAAUUACACGCAGACUCCAUGAUGAAAGCUUCAACAUAUCAACAAAUUUUACCUCUCUCCAAAAAUACAGUAACAUUUCUAACCAAUUUAAUGGAAUGUUUGGCAAAAAUUCAACUACUCAAAUAAGUAUUCCAAGGAUUACUACACAGACAUCCCUCACAGUUAUCAUUUCUUCAGUUCUUAACAACAUCUUACCUGUUCGAAAUCUGACCUACAAUGACAGCAGUCAGAAUGGCACCAAGAUCAAUGGAGAUGUAGCUGUGAUUGAGACAAACUCAACAAUUAACAACAUCUCUCUCUCUUUUACUAUUAAAAAUAAGACAUUGGGAAAACCUCAGUGUGUCUUUUGGAACUUUAGUUUUCUGAAUGGUGUUGGUGGAUGGGACUCGACUGGAUGUCAAUUAAAGCUAUUAGGGAAAGAACCUGAAAGAUACACAUGUGAGUGCAAUCACACAACCUCUUUUUCAAUCCUGAUGUCACCAUUUACGCUGGAUAAAGUCCAAGCCAUAAUCUUAGACUAUAUAACCUACAUCGGUGUUGGCAUUUCAAUGGGCAGCUUGGUUUUGUGCCUCAUCAUUGAAAUCAUCAUAUGGAAAUCAGUGAGAAGAAAUGACACAUCCUUCAUGCGCCAUGUCUCCAUAGUCAACGUCGCUGUCUCCCUUUUGAUUGCAAACAUUUGCUUCAUCAUUGGAGCAGCUGUUGUUAAACAAGAGCGUCCCUGCAGUGCAGUAACAUUCUUCAUGCACUUCUUUUAUCUUGCCCUUUUUUUCUGGAUGUUACUAUCAGCUCUUUUGCUCCUCUACCGCACCCUCAUGGUCUUUUCCAGAAUGACCAGAGGAGCAAUGAUAGCCAUAGGCUUCACUGUCGGUUAUGGAGCCCCGUUAAUCUUAGCUGUCGUUACUGUGGCAUCUACAGCUGGAGGCAAAGGAUACAUUCAACAAGAUUACAAUUGUUGGCUGAACUGGAAUAAAACAAAGGCUCUCCUGGCAUUUGUGAUUCCUGCUCUGACGAUUGUAGCUAUAAACCUCCUGGUGCUUAUUGUGGUUCUAUGUAAGAUGUUGAGGAGAGGAGUUAAUGCUUCCACUCAGCCAGAUGAGAAACAUCCCCUAGUCAUCAUUGCAAGAUGUGUGGCGAUUUUAACACCUCUCUUUGGUCUAACGUGGGGAUUUGGCAUUGGGACCUUGGUGUCAGGGAACUUUGGAGUUCACGUGGUGUUCGCAUUCCUUAAUUCACUGCAGGGUUUCUUUAUUUUGUUGUUUGGAACAUUAAUGGAUCCUAAGGUCCGAGAAGCACUAGCAGAAAAGAUGUCACUGACAAACCUUAGCUCUAUUCACACCCGGAGUACAAACGUGGGAUCAUCUUCAGGUGGAUUUCCUUUCAUACAAAAGCUACGGAACAGAAAUGCUCACAAUGUAUCGGAAGCCAGAGUUUUGACCACAUCUUCAAGCAACUAGGACAGUUUCUAGUAGAUAAGCUACUAUAGCUGAAAUUGUGGAAAUUGCAUACUUCACUAUUAUCCGAAGCUAUGAACAAUUAAGGCAGGACACAACUGAGCAGGUAAAAAUUAAGAUUAAGAACCAUGGCACUUUGGCUGUGCUGUGAUUUAAACUGGCAUCCUUCUGUAGAUCAAAGUCCUGACAAAGUUCCAGUUGAACAAGUAGCAAACUUUAUUGUGAAAUUUUGUUAGUUGUCGCUUUUUAACCGGAUUAAUUGUAAUAUAAACAAAGCAUAACACAAUACUUCACUUUACAUCCCAUUCUGCCUACUCCCAGUCAAACAGUUAACAUUGUUGUCUUACACUUAUAAUAAAAGUUGCCAAAAUUUAAGCGUAUGCUGAAAUUUUAGUUUUUGGUUCACAAAUGAAGCACUGAAGGAAAUCAACUUUUUUAUUACCCCUGCACCUCUGUCAAUAAUCAUUCUGAAUACUGCAACAUAUCUUUUAAUACUUUUAGUAAACCAACUCAUUUUCAACUGUUCAUUCUACUUAAUUUACUUUGACAUAAUUAUGUUACAUUUAACAUUUGUCCUUCUUACAUUGCCAGAAACUAACAAAUAAUUGUUC